AUGGAGAGUCCAGGAGCCUAUCCAGAGUCGCCCAUCGACGAUGAAAUCGUAUAUCCGUGCAAGGGAUGUGGAGAGAUCCUCGAGGAGGGCAAAGCCUUUGAACUCGCUGGGAACCGAUGGCAUAUAGACUGCUUCCGCUGCAACACGUGCGGCACCCUGCUCGACUCGGACGCGAACCUCCUCCUGCUCGGCGAUGGCUCCCUGAUAUGCAACAACUGCACAUAUAGCUGCAACCACUGCGGCAACAAGAUCGAAGACCUCGCCAUUCUCACUGGCGACCAGGCUUUCUGCGCCAAUUGCUUCAGAUGUCGGAACUGCAAGCGCAAGAUCGAGAACCUCCGCUAUGCUCGAACCUCGCAGGGUAUCUUUUGCAUGUCUUGCCAUGAGUCGCUCAUGGCUCGACGGCGCAAGAAAUCAAAAAAACCGCCAUCAGUGGCACCCAAAGUGGAUAAGUCCUUGCCCGCCCUGCCUCCUCAGGAGCAGUCUACCGCGUCCAACUUCACCCCAGACUUGGAUACCCCAUCCGAUGUCUUGUCGGAACCCACCACCACCGACGUCUCUCCCAGACCUCCGACAUCGAGAAGAGGCGAUUCGUCGUCAAACUUCCGGCGCGAUGCGUCGCCUGCUGCCGAUCUCUCUCGGAGAGACAACGCUACUCUUCCUGCCACGACCUACAACAAGGACAGCAGCCGCUCGGAACCAGCAGACAACGGCGACGAUGGCAUUCUGCUCCCCUUUGCGCUCGACCCCAACCCUGCACCAGGCCCGUCGCCGCUCGGCCGACCAAUUAGCAAAUACAACGACCGUGCAUUGGGCGCAAAGUCCGCAGGAAACGGCGAUGGAAAGAGCGGGCGCGACUACUUCAACAGGCCGACGGGCGACCACCGCGAAAAGCUCAAGGAGAAUAGCUCUCGGGAAGCGUCCAAGGAGCGGCGGCUGACACAAACACAAAAUCCACACAUUGCCUUCCAAGAGAAAGGAAGGCAGCCUUCUGACACGCUUGUGGAUACGCUGAGAAAGAAAAAAGAGGCUCCAAGUGAGUCUCCUUCAGCUGAGCCGCGGUCCAAGAGUCAGCAUGCUUCGCCUGCACCUUCCUCAGCCCCAGAGCCCUUCAAGCUCCAAGAUGUCCCUAAGAAUAAAAAGGCAGAGGCCAAGCGCAAAGACUCUGAAGAUGCAGUUUCGCCGCCACCUAGACAGCAGCCUCAUAGCUCCUCGAACAACGACAUGUCGGCACGCCUCAGCCGUCCGCUGCUGGAACCCACCUUUACAUCUUCCCCACCGCUUGCAGGGCAAGACUCACCCGACACGUCGGAGUCGUCUUUUGGCUCAAACGCUGUCCUCGAACGCCCUGCUCGCGGUGACUCGCUCAAGCCUUCUACUUUGAAGCCCUCGGCUCCCCUCUCACGAAGCGAAAAGCGUGUGCCGUCACCUACAACGCCCACUGCGAACCACCCUGAACGGACUUCUUCUACGGCUGCAGCGAGUGCUCAACUCAAUGCCGGGCUUGGCAUCACCAACCCCGCAGACUCUCCGUCUAGAUCAGAAGUCCCUGUCCUCCCUGCUCGUUCAGGUGGACGACCUGCCCCCCCACCGUCAACCGACACCUUCACAUCCCCGCGCGCACCGCCUCAGCUACCCACCACACAACUCCACAAGCCGAGUGAAUCCACCAGUAGCGCACAGAGCGAAGCUUCCAGAGAUGGAUACCCCCCAGGAGGUCUUCCCCGCUACAGUCACCAAGGCGACUUCUCCAUGGACGAGGACUUUGCGCGCUUGCUCGGUAACCAAGAGGGCAGAGAGGAUAAAGAGUCUGUGAUCGUGGGAUCCAUCACUUCGCGCGGUCAUAAGAAAUGGCCAACAAACGGCUCCAUCGACAUCAGUAGCCCUACUGUCGCUUCGCCAGACACCAAAGAAGAAGGCGCCAACUUGCGAAACGAGCUGCGCCGCGCCCAACAGCGGAUUGCAGAGCUCGAGGCCGAAAAGAAUGGACUGCAAGAGUCGAUGCACAGCGCCGCGGAUAUUAAACAAGCAAACACGGUUCUAAGAGAGAAAAGAAAUACAAUGGCCGUCUUGGACACGCAACGCGAGAUGGUGAUUCGCGAGUUGGAGAUCAUGACUGAACACCUCAAGCACGCUAAGAAUAGUCAGGGCAACAUGGAUAUCCACCAGCUCAAGUCAGACAUUCUGAAAGACUUUGCAAACGCACUGCAGAAGCUCAAAGACAAUUUGGGCAAUCAAAUAGAGGACCUGAUCACAAAGAGGUCAGAAUUAACUGAGGAGAUUUCCAAUCUCAUCCAGAUGAAGGACAAAGGCUUCCAAGAGUACGAAUCGCUCACAGCAGCCAACGCAAGACUAUCCGCCAUGAACCGCGACCUGGUGGAGAACAUUCAGACUAGCCUCAAGAAUAACAAGAAGCCCGGGCAGACUGCCGACGUGUCUGCAAAUGGGUUGGGCAUAUACAACGCACAGCACAAGGGCGGCAAGUCGGAAAUAUCCGUCGAUGCGCAAACAAUACCGCAUGAGCACUCGUAUGCUAAUCUACAUGAUGCCGACGCCGAGCCAACCAUUGCGCAACCCCAGGUUGUCAACAUCAGGAAAACUGGCAAGCCCACCAAGUUCUCCACUUGGAAGAAGGGUGGUCAAGCCAUUACCAAGAACGUUACCAAGGGCUUCAAGGGAGCAUUUGGCUCCGAACAAAAGCAGGAGGAUUACAAUAUCAAGGUUAUCGGGACUCCCUACGGCUCCACCCACACCCAACCUGACCUCGCGUCCUUGUCGACCAUGUCAACCAUGUCGAGCUCAAUCAAGAGCCGAGAGCAAGAUCAGGGAACUCCAAGAGGCUGGUUCGGUGGAAAGCCUGUGGCGCCCAACAGCCGCAAUCCGCAGUACAGGCCCAUGAACCCGAACGAAAGCAGCACCAAUCUGGUCGCUGACGCUAGCACUGUACUCUUUGGCUCAGAUCUCACGGCACGAUGCGAAUUUGAGAAGCAAAUGAUUCCACGUAUCGUUAGCCGCUGCAUUGAGGAAGUCGAAUUGCGUGGCAUGGACGUUGAGGGCAUCUACCGCAAGAGCGGAGGUACUUCUCAGGUGAACCAGGUCCGCAGCGGAUUUGAGGCGGAUAGCGAGUACGACAUUUCUGAUCCUGAUUUGGACAUCCACUCCGUCACGUCAGCGAUGAAGAAUUAUUUCCGUAGGCUUCCGGUGCCGUUGAUCACGUACGACGUCUACGACCAAUUCCUGGAAGCAGGCCAACUCGAGGAGCCCAGCGCCCAAUCCAAAGCUUUGAUUGCAGCCGUCAACGAGAUACCCAAAGCUCACCGAGACACUCUCCAGUUCCUUGUGUUCCAUCUUUCGCGGGUCAUACAGCAUGCCAGUGACAACCUGAUGACACCAUUGAACGUUGCUGUCGUGUUUGCCCCAACAAUCAUGCGUCCCAUGGACAUUCAGCGUGAACUCACAGACGUUCAGCAGCAGCGUGUUGCGGUACAAGCGCUUCUCGAGAACUACAAGACUGUGUUCGGCGACGAUCGUGCCCCCGCCCCGCCUCAGGUUGAGCACUCUUCCGAUGACAGUGUCCACUCUCUCGUCGACGUAGACAGCCCCCAUAUCUCCUCGGUCCCUUCCGACUAUGAGUCACAAUCCGUCAAAACGGAUACGCAGGCUGAGCGCAUUGAGCGCGAAGAGAAGAUCGAACAAGAGGCCAAGGAUAUCAAGGACAAAGCAGCCGCAAAGAAGGAUGCUGCCAAGGACAAGAUCAACAAGAAUGCCGACAACCCAGUUGUCUUGAGUAAUGCUGUGGGGCUUGCCGUUGUUGGUGGUAUCGUUGGAUUUGGUGCAUACAGGCAGUAUGCCCGCGGCGAAUUGACUAGCAAGGUUGUUGCCGUCUGGGCUGCUGCCAUUGGACUCUUUGGUGUUGGAGACUACUACGUCAGCCAGUACUUCUUCAAGCGUAACCCGCCCCAAUAGAUGCAGUCCUACGACUGUCCCAUCCGUUUUCAUCUAGAACCUUGCACGCUGGACAGAUUGGCCAUAAUAUCUUGAUCGCUCAAGUUGUAAUGGUCUGGAUACGAUUUCUCUUUCUUUAUCAUAUUACAGUACAGCAGACAAGGAGUUGCCUACUCUGCUCCAAUCAUGAAGCAAGAUGCCAUCUCCGCUCCACUUCUGUAUAUAUGAGGUUAAAGUUCAAUAUACCCGUUCAAACAUGAAUCCAGCUACAUUUGCAUACUC